AUGGGUCUACACGAAGACGAAGACCGCAAGUACGCUGAGGAGGUUCAGGCCGUCAAGACCUGGUGGAACGACUCCCGGUGGCGCUAUACCAAGCGACCCUUCACAGCAGAGCAGAUUGUGGCCAAGCGCGGUAACUUGAAGAUCGAUUACCCUUCCAAUGUGCAGGCAAAGAAGCUCUGGAGCAUCGUGGAAUCCAACUUCCAGAACAAGCAAGCUAGCUUCACCUACGGUUGUCUCGAGCCUACAAUGAUCACCCAGAUGUGCAAGUUCCUCGAUACUAUCUAUGUUUCCGGAUGGCAGAGCUCUUCCACCGCUUCGUCUACUGACGAACCUUCCCCCGAUCUUGCCGAUUACCCUAUGGACACCGUGCCUCGCAAGGUCAACCAGUUGUUCAUGGCACAGCUGUUCCACGACCGGAAACAGCGUGAGGAGCGUGUCACUACACCCGCUGGCCAGCGCGGAAAUGUUGCCAACGUUGACUACCUGCGCCCUAUCAUUGCUGAUGCCGAUACCGGUCACGGAGGUCUGACUGCCGUCAUGAAGCUCACCAAGCUGUUCGUUGAGCGUGGUGCUGCUGGUAUUCACAUUGAGGACCAGGCGCCUGGCACUAAGAAGUGCGGCCACAUGGCCGGUAAGGUGCUUGUUCCCAUCAGCGAGCACAUCAACCGUCUGGUUGCCAUUCGUGCCCAGGCCGAUAUCAUGGGUUCCGACCUCCUGGCUAUUGCCCGUACCGACUCUGAAGCCGCUACUCUCAUUACCUCCACUAUCGACCACCGCGACCACGCCUUCAUUGUAGGCUCUACCAACCCCCGCCUGCAGCCUCUGAACGACCUCAUGGUCGCCGCUGAGCAAGCCGGCAAGAACGGCGCAGACCUGCAGGCCAUUGAGGACCAAUGGACCACCCAGGCCGGCCUCAAGCUCUUCAACGAGGCCGUCAUUGACGCUAUCAACUCCGGUUCGCACGCCAACAAGAAGGGUCUGAUUGACCAGUACCUCACCUCCGUUAAGGGCAAGAACAACAGUGAAGCCCGCGCCAUCGCCAAGGGCAUCACUGGCACCGACAUCUACUGGAACUGGGAUUCCCCCCGUACUCGUGAGGGCUACUACCGCUACCAGGGAGGCACCCAGUGCGCCGUGAACCGCGCCGUGGCCUAUGCCCCCUUCGCCGAUCUCAUCUGGAUGGAGAGCAAGUUGCCCGACUACAAGCAGGCCAAGGAAUUCGCCGAUGGUGUGCACGCCGUCUGGCCCGAGCAGAAGCUCGCAUACAACCUCUCUCCCUCCUUCAAUUGGAAGAAGGCCAUGCCCCGCGACGAACAAGAGACCUACAUCAAGCGUCUCGGUGCUUUGGGCUACUCAUGGCAAUUCAUCACCCUAGCCGGUCUACACACCACCGCCCUUAUCUCCCACCAAUUCGCCAAGGCCUAUGCCCAAAACGGCAUGCGCGCUUACGGUGAGCUAAUUCAGGAACCGGAGAUGGAGCAGGGCGUCGAUGUCGUCACCCACCAGAAAUGGAGUGGUGCCAACUACGUUGAUAACAUGCUUAAGAUGGUUUCUGGUGGUGUGAGCAGUACUGCUGCUAUGGGUAAGGGUGUUACCGAGGAUCAGUUCAAGCAUUGA